GUGCAGAGCUUCCUGCGGGGCUGGCUGUGCCGGAGGAAGUGGAAGACCAUCAUCCAGGACUACAUCAGGUCCCCCCACGCCGACAGCAUGCGCAAGAGGAACCAGGUGGUCUUCAGCAUGCUGGAGGCGGAGGCCGAGUAUGUCCAGCAGAUCCACAUCCUCGUCAACAACUUCCUGCGCCCGCUGCGCAUGGCGGCCAGCUCCAAGAAGCCGCCCAUCACGCAUGACGAUGUCAGCAGCAUUUUCCUCAACAGCGAAACAAUCAUGUUCUUGCACCAGAUCUUCUACCAAGGCCUGAAGGCACGGAUCUCCAGCUGGCCCACGCUGGUGCUGGGUGAGUGGGUGCUGCUGCUCCCCCCGUCCCCUGCCUGCUCACCGGCAGA